ACCCUUUAUGUUAUUAAGUGAUAAAGCAUUAAAUUAAGAUGGAACCUUCCUUAAGGUUUGCCGUAGUAUGUUCCUCGAAUAUGAACAGGUCCAUGGAAGCGCAUGCGCGUUUGAAGAAGAAGGGAUUUAACGUGCGCAGUUUCGGAACCGGAGACAAGAUAAAACUACCUGGUCCGUCUCUAAACCAACCUAAUGUUUACGAGUUCGGAACCUCGUAUGAAGAGAUACAUUCAGAUCUUGCAAGGAAGGAUAAGACGAUGUAUAAGCAGAAUGGGAUCCUACAUAUGCUGGACAGGAACAGGAUGAUAAAGGAGAGACCUGAGAGGUUACAGGACUGCAAGGAAAAGUUUGAUGUGAUAAUAACUGCAGAGGAGAGGGUCUACGAUCAGGUUAUCGAUCACUUCUCCAACAAUGGGAACAAGGAGGAUGUAAUGGUUCAUGUUAUCAAUAUAGAUAUACAGGAUAACCAGGAGGAGGCUACAAUAGGUGCAUUCCUGUUUCACGAAUUGGCCCAGCAGAUUGUGCUGAGCAACGACCUAGACAACGAGAUGGACGAACUCUUGCAAGACAUUGAGAUCAAGUGCAACAGAUCCAUCCUUCAUAGUUUGUAUACAGUGUACACCUUAACAAUUAAUAUUUUGAUACUUAAUUUUCAUGAUUCAUUUCUCAUCUGGAUUAAAAUAAGUCAGUUCUGUAAACAUAAUUCCAAUAAAAAAUGUCUUAGUGAUAAGCAAGUGUAAUUGGUUUUUUUUUAUUAAGUAUUUGUUCAGUCAUAAUCAUAUGAAUAAUUAUUUUUAAUUUUUUUAUUUUUGAACUAAACUAACAUUUGAUUCUGUAAUCGUUAAAUUCCGUCUGAUUUUAUUGUAAAUAAUUUAAAACCUAAAUGGAAGUGAAUGGCAUGAUUGUUUUUAUGAAUUCUUUUU